CAUUCAUCAGGAUGAAGAAACGAUGGCCGGUGGCGUCACUCGCUCGCGCCCUAACUCACUCAUACUGCUCUUCCACCACGACAACGACGCCGUUCCCCCUAAAACACGUAACGAAAUCCAACUUCGACUCCGCGCUCAGCUCGCUCCGCCACCACAUCCGCUCCGCCGAUUUCGUCGCGGUCGACCUCGAAAUGACCGGAGUCACCAGCGCUCCCUGGCGCGACUCGUUCGAGUUCGACCGUUAUGAUGUCCAUUACCUGAAAGUUAAAGACUCUGCUGAGAAGUUCGCCGUCGUUCAGUUCGGCGUUUGCCCCUUCCGUUGGGACCCCCUCAACCGCUCCUUUAUCGCGCACCCGCACAAUUUCUUUAUAUUUCCUCGUCAAGAGGUUUCGAUUGAUGGCCCUGCUUACGAGUUCCUUUGUCAGACAGCAUCAAUGGAUUUCUUGGCAAAGUACCAGUUUGAUUUUAAUGCCUGUUUUCAUGAAGGGGUAUCUUAUUUAUCCAGAGAACAAGAAGAGGAAGCUCUUAGAUACAUGAAUUCACUGUAUGAGGAUAAGUCGUGGGAUUCAUGGGGUGACUUGAAAGAAGCUAGAGAUAUGCCAUUGGUCAACAUAGCGGACGUUCUGUUUACUGAAAGAAUGAAGCAUAGAUUGAGAGAAUGGUAUGAUUGGUUAUUACGUGAUAGAAAUGGACGGUCUUCAUUUCCAGGUAGUUCAAAUGACUCAGAGCAACAGUUUCAAACUAUUUUCUACAAGAUGCGUCCAGCAAUUAGUCUGAAUGGAUUCACUUCUCAUCAACUUAAGUUGAUCCAAUUGGUGGUAAACAAGCAUUUCAAAGAUCUGGUUUAUCUUCGUGUCAAAGGGGAAAAUUCAUGUUCACAGCAUCUUGUGGUGUAUAAUGAGUCAGAAGAUGAUAAGAAGUUACUUAUGAAAGAGGUGAAGGAUGAGCAGCUCAGAGAGACAGAGAUGAAGAUAAAAGCUGCAAUUGGGUUUCGCCAUGUUAUUGACUGCCUUUCCUCUGAAAAGAAGUUGAUUGUUGGUCACAAUUGCUUCCUAGAUGUUGCACAUAUCUACGGCAAAUUCUUAGGUGCUCUUCCUUUGACUGCUGAAGAAUUCAUUUCCUCUGUUAACAAAUACCUUCCUCACAUCAUUGACACCAAAAUAUUGUUGAAGUGCAAUGAUGUACUAGUGCAACGGAUGAAGAAAUCUGGCACUUCAUUAUUCUCGGCAUUUUCUAGAUUGUGUCAACGGAUUGCUAUUGGUUCUAAAAGCUCUCAUCUACUUAUUCAGCCAAGUGUGAAAGUGGAGAUUGAAGUGGAUGAUAACAGAUCCUCCGACUGGAACUCUGGAGUGAGGCAUGAAGCUGGAUAUGAUGCUUUUAUGACAGGGUGUGUCUUUGCUCAAGCAUGCAGUCAUCUCGGCAUUGAUUUUACACUCCAUUCAUCCUCUGAAAAUUUAGCACUCAAUGAAAAACUCCAGAAGUACAUCAACCUUCUUUAUCUCAGUUGGAGCAAUGGAGACAUUAUUAAUCUAAGCUCCAGCAAUUUGAGUUCUCUGUCCUCGGUUUCUAGUAGCAAAUUGUACAGAAACACAAAGAUUUUGUUCAGUCACAUUGUUCUAGUAUGGGGAUUCCCAUCCAAACUCAAGGCACGGGAGAUUAGAGAAUGCAUCUCUAAAGUCUUUGGUUCAACCUCUGUGACUUCCGUGUAUCAUGUCGAUGAAACUGCAGUGUUCGUUCAGUUCAAAAAGGAAGAAAUGGUUCCCCUAUUUCUGGAGUUGAAGGAAAGCUUGGAGAGCAGCAAUGACGCAGUCUCGGUUUUGCAUCCUCUUUCAAAACUGUUGAAAGGCGGAAAUACUUGUGCUGCUAGUUACGAAACUUACAAAGAAAUCUGCAGUUCACCCAUCUCUAAAGUCUUGUUUGCCGAUCAAGCAAAAGCAGUUGGUAUCAAAUGGAAGACCAAGUUGGUAGAAUCCAAGGUAGAGGUGGAGACUCAAGAAAACAAAAGUUCCCACGAAGAACAUUCACUGAACUCUGGUGAAAAUACUACGAUCAAGAAGAUUGACGUAAGAAACGAUCCAUCACAUAGCCAAGUUUCAUCGGAUGAAAUUGAUGAUGAUUCGUUUUACUCCACACAAAUCAAACAGAUAAGAACUAGUUUAUGAUUUAAUUCUUUCUUUAAGCUGCUAGAACAAUAAUUUAUAGGUAAUCUUUACUCAAUUCAGGAAUUUUGUAUGCAAAAUUUUGUGAUUGUAACACUAGGGGGAGUGCAGAAGAAAUUAGUACUUCAGAUGUUGUAUUUUUAUGGUGGCUUUUUCUGCAGCCAAGUUUCAUCUUCGGUAAAUGCUUGAAAACUUCUGACUUUAUAAAUAAUA